AUGACAUCUCUUGGAACGCUACACGCCCCGCUCGCAAACUUCCGCGCCUACAAGGCCCGCGUCGUCGCCAGCUUCCUCAGCCUCCCGCUGGACCUAACUCCUGACUUUGUCCUACACACCGACAACCGCACGUCCGAGUACCUAGCCAAGUUCCCAGCCGGCAAGGUCCCUGCCUUUGAGGGCACCGAUGGCUUCCGCCUGGCCGACUCAUCGGCCAUUGCCUAUUACAUUGCGUCGAAGGCUGGUGCUGACUCGCCCCUGCUCGGCCAGACCGCCGAGGAAACGGCCGAGAUUUUGCAGUAUAUUUUGUCUGCAGAGGCCGAUUUUUUGCCGGCAUCUCUGAGCACUGUUGGGCCACUGAUCGGCUUCUUACCGUUCAUCAAGCCUGCCCAUCAGGUUGCCGAGGAACAGACGCUAAGUUAUCUUGAUGGACUGAACAGGGUUUUGCUUGACAGGACCUUUCUUGUUGGCGAGCGCAUCACUGUCGCUGAUAUUGUGCUUGCGUGCGACCUGAUUCUGCCAUUCAGGGCGUAUCUGACUGAUGCGGAUCGCAGGCAGUUCAGGAAUGUGACUCGGUACUUCAAGACCAUCAUCAGCCAGCCAGCUUUCAAGGCUGUUGUUCCCAGCAUCGAACUGUGUAAGGAGCGGCCUAAGCCUGCCACUCCAGUCAAGAAUGAAAAGACCAAGAAGGAGAAGGCCAAGAAGGCCGAGAAGCCCAAGGCUGAGAAGCCCAAGGCCGAGAAGAAGGCCGAGAAGCCCGCUGAGGAGGCUCCCAAGCCCGCCCCCAAGCCCAAGAGCAAGCUCGACCUGCUGCCGCCGCCCAAGAUGGUGCUGGACGACUGGAAGCGCUUCUACUCGAACAACGAUACCAAGCCCGACGCCGUAAACUGGCUGUGGGAGCACUUUGACGAGGAGGGCUACUCGUUCUGGAAGGUCGAGUACAAGUACAACGACGAGCUGACGAAGAUCUUCAUGUCAAACAACCUGGUCGGUGGGUUCUUCAACCGGCUGGAGCGCGCCCGCAAGUAUGCCUUCGGCAACCUGCUGGUUCUCGGCCAGGACAGCAACAACCAGAUCUGGGGCUACUUCAUGCUCCGCGGCCAGGAGGUGCCCGAGGAGGUCACUGACGCUGCCGACUACGAGUCGUACACCUGGACCAAGGUCGACCACAAGGACCCGAAGACCAAGGCUGAGAUCGAGGACUGCUUCGCCUGGGAGGGCUCCGCUCUGCCCCGCGAGUUCGCUGACGGCAAGACCUUCAAGUAG